AUGUCGUCUGUUGAUGCGGUGGAUAUCACUGAGGCAAACUCGGUGGCGGCCGGAACCAACGCUCCCAUGAAGAGAAUUGUCGCCUCAGGGAUUGGUGGAAGGCUUAUGGGUUCCAAGUCAAUGUACGAUGUUACUGCAGACCAGAUCGCCAAAGAUAAUCUGGCCCUUUUGCUCGAAAAGGACAAGAAAGCGAAGGCCAAGUACGCCUCAAACAAACACAUCAGCGAACAACCCUGGACGAGGGAGAAUUGGGCACAACAUAUCAACUGGCUGAACUUCGUUCUCGUGUUCGCCAUUCCUGUGAUGGGUCUUUUGUCUACCUUCUGGGUCACACCCAGAAUAGAGACUUUUGCCCUUGCCUUUAUUCUGUAUGUCUUUUCGGGACUGUCCAUUACUGCUGGAUAUCACAGACUUUGGGCUCAUAGAGCAUACCAGGCCAGACUGCCAGUUAGGCUGUUCUACGCUUUUUUCGGAGCUGGUUCCGUUGAGGGUUCUAUCAAAUGGUGGGCCCAUUCUCACAGAAUCCACCACAGAUACACUGACACUGUCAGGGAUCCAUACGACGCCCGCCAGGGCUUUUGGUACUCCCACAUGGGCUGGAUGCUUACGGUGCCCAACCCUCGUUACAAGGCUCGUGCGGACAUCACAGAUUUGUCCGACGACUGGGUCGUCAGGGCUCAGCACAGACACUAUCUUAUGGUGAUGGCUUUUUCUGGAUUUUUGCUCCCUUCGUUGAUCGCCGGCUACUUCUGGGGUGACUAUCUUGGUGGUUUCAUCUACGGUGGAAUCUUGAAGGUUUUCUUUAUCCAGCAAGCCACUUUCUGUGUCAACUCGCUUGCCCAUUGGAUUGGUGUUCAGCCUUUUGACGAUAAGCGCACUCCAAGAGACCAUUUCUUGACUGCUUUCGUGACCUUCGGUGAAGGUUACCACAACUUCCACCAUGAAUUCCCAUCUGAUUACAGAAAUGCCUUGAAAUGGUACCAAUACGACCCUACAAAGCACGUCAUAUACCUGACAUCAAAGCUGGGUUUGGCUUACAACCUCAAGACUUUUUCUCAGAACGCCAUUGAACAAGGCCUUGUUCAGCAACAGCAGAAGAAGCUGGAUGCUUUGAGAGCAAACCUCAACUGGGGUAUCCCUCUUUCGGACUUGCCUCUCUGGGACAAGACACAAUUCUUCGAGAAGUCGAAGGAACAGAAGGGUCUUGUGAUCAUCUCUGGUAUAGUGCACGAUGUGUCAGGGUUUUUGACCGAGCACCCAGGUGGACAAGCUCUGAUCAAGACCUCCAUUGGAAAGGAUGCCACUGUUGCCUUCAAUGGUGGGGUUUACGCCCACUCUAAUGCUGCACACAAUGUUUUGGCAACGAUGAGAGUCGCUGUCAUCAGAGAUUCAGGUGCCACGGCAGACACGUACGAUCGCCAGCUCGAGAUGAUCGCUGCAAAGAAGGAAAAGGAAGGGCAAGCUUGA